UACAUCAUGUCCGAUAUUCCAGCAAAACGGGCUCUCCCUUCGAAGGAGUCUGGCCUGUUCAAGGAGUUGCUUACGCUCUACGAAACAAGGCAGCUCAAGAAGGGGCUCAAAACUGCCGAUCAAAUCCUAAAAAAAUUCCCUGAGCACGGAGAGACUAUGUGCAUGAAGGGACUUGUUUAUACACAUAUGGGUCGUCGCGAAGAGGGAAUCGAGUUGGUUCGGAAAGGUGUUAGAAACGAUUUGACCUCCCACAUCUGUUGGCACGUCUAUGGGCUCAUACACAAGGGCGAAAAGAACUACGAGGAAGCGUUGAAAUGUUAUACUCAAGCUCUCCGAUUCGACAAGGAAAACCUCAAUAUUCUCCGCGAUGCUGCUCACCUUCAAACUCAACUACGAAUCUACGACGGACUUGUUGAGACACGAUACACACUGCUGAAGACCCGGCCGAACCUGCGUCAGCAUUGGGUUGCACUCGCAGUUGCGUACCACCUCAACGGAAACUUGACUGAGGCCAAGAAAAUACUAGAACAAUAUGAAUUGGCGCUCAAGAAUGUGCCCGACUACGAUGUUGAACACUCUGAAACCAUUCUCUACCACGUACGUCUGCUUGAAGACCUCGGGGAACACACCGAAGCCCUUUCGAUGCUUGAUGUGAACGCAAAAUCCCGAGCUAUCGUUGACCGGACAGCGAUCAUGGAAAUACGAGCACGUCUACUGUCCAAACUUGGCUCUGAAGAAGCAGAACAUGCAUGGCGCGUUCUGGUAGAACACAACCCAGAGUGCUAUGAUUACUAUCGUGGAUAUUUGGCAAAUUCGAAACUUUCCUUCGACACUAGUGAUGAUAACGCUUCACGCGCUCUCCCAAUACUAGAGGAAUUUUCGACGCAACUGCCCCGUGCAACAGCACCACGUCGACUUUCACUCUCGAUCGCGUCUGGAGAGCGUUUCAAGCAGCUCAUCGAGCCCUAUAUUCUUUCUGGACUCAAAAAGGGCAUUCCUUCCCUUUUCUCUGACAUCAAAAGUCUAUAUCAAGACACUUUCAAGCAGCAGGCGAUCGAGGAAGUCUCGACGAAGGCACUCGAGACGUUCAAAUCCAGUUCAGAGCCGGAUGUUGAACCCACUUCCUAUCUAUGGACACUUUAUUUCCUUGCGCAACAUCAUUCAUACCUUGGUCGCCAUGCUCAGGCUCUACAAUUUCUAGACGACGCUAUAUCACACACUCCUACACUACCCGAAUUACAUAUGCUAAGAGGUCGGGUGUUGAAACGAGCUGGGGACCCGCUCGGCGCCGCCCGCUGCCUCGAAGACGCGCGCUUACUCGAUGGCCAGGAUCGGUUCCUUAACACCAAGAGUGCGAAAUAUCGGCUGCGAGCUGGCAUGGUUGAGGAGGCUAGCGCACUUUUUGGGCUUUUUACCAAGAAAGAUGCACCCAGUCCUGGCCAAGACCUCGAGGACAUGCAAUCACUAUUCUACCUAACGGAGGAAGCCGAUGCCCACAACCGGAAUGGACACCUCGGGCCCGCAUUGAAAAAGUACAUCGCCGUCAGCAAGGUUUUUGACGAAGUUGAAGAUGACCAAUACGACUUUCACGGAUACUCCUUACGAAAGUUCAACAUGAACAUAUACCUGAACUUAUUGACAUGGGAGGACCGAUUGCGCUCUCACCCGGCCUACGUGAAGGCUGCGUUAGCUGCAUCCAAGAUCUUUGUUGCCGUUAAUGAUGAUCCCGCUUUGGCUUCAACAGCGACCACGUCUGGUCAACUAACCGAUGCGCAGAAGAAAGCUAAGAAAAAAGCCAAGAAAGCGGCUCAAAAGGUGCAAGAAGAAGCGAAGAAAACCGCCCCAACAAACAACAACGAAGACAAGGGCCUUGAAGCGCCCGCAAAAGAUGACGAUCCAGAUGGUUCCAAGUUGCUGCAGUGUUCAGAUCCACUUGAAAGAGCAGCAAAACUGUUGAAACCACUCAUGACGUUAGCCGAUUCGAACAUAGACGUGUGGCUAGCAAUCUAUGAUGUUUCAUCGCGACGAAAAAAAUACUUGCAAGCUGCCAAAGCCUUGUCGCAAGCAGCGACGUUAGAUUCGGAGCAUCCUCAAUUGCACGUUAGGAGAAUCCAGUUCCGCCAGUUAGUGUCAUCAUUGCCCCCAGAAACUCAAGGAGCAGCAUUAUUAUCUGAGAUCGCAUCAAGAUUGUUACCGGACCAGGUUUCGAUCGAAGUAUUCAACUCACAAUACCUGCAAAGCCACUCGGAGGAUUCUGCUGCGGUGUUGGCAGUGGCUAAUGUCUUGGUCGCUCUCAAAUCUCCUCUAGACCAGGUCGAGGAAACCUUGUUCACUGCAUUCAAUGCCUCUCUUGAUAUCAAGACUGCACUGGCAAUUGUUGACUUCCUUAUGACAAUCAAGUCUCCGCGAGCCGAUAGUUUCCGGAUGCGAUGUUCAGAGCAGUUUUCGCUCUCAACAGUGUUUCAGACACCUGAAGAGCUAGCACCACUGCGACUUCUCGUUGUUGCCGGGCAACAGCUGGACGCUGACGGCGAUAAACCAGUAGAUCUAUAG